AUGACAACGCAAGUCGGUAGAUCUAACUCUGAAGACCUUUUUAAGGGUUUUUCAAAACCAACAGAAGCUAAUAACACGAUUCCAAAGGUUGAUAACGUUUCUGCUCAAAGCGUUCAAAAACAAACACAACUUGUUACUGAAACAGUGCCGAAGACGGAACCCCUUCCAUCGAAACCCAUUAUAAAAGAAACACCAAAAGAAGAUGCCACAAAUAAUGUUACACAGAAGGAAACUACGGGUGCAACUAUCCAACGAUCAACAACCCCUGAACUCCUUCCACAACCAGAAACAACAGAAACACAACCCAUUAUACAAUCAACUGACACUCCAACUCGAGACGAAUACGACGACCCAAUACCUGAUCUUCGUAAUGUGCCAACGUUGUCAGUUCUGUUAAAGCAAACAUAUGUCCAACUGCUCGAUAUAAGAAAUUCGGUAUUAAAAUAUGGAAUAGUUGGGAUCGAAAAUGAAAAGUACUGCAGAAAAGUAGCAUGGGAUGCUCAGAGUCGAUUGAAGUUGGAAUCGAAGAAGGAUUAUGACGAAGUCAGUAAACCGGGUGAGUAUGCUUCAGAGAUUUAUUAUUACGCCCAGCGCGCAAACACGAGAAAUGACAACGAAAAAUUCAAAAAUAUUUAUUGUAAAAUAGCGAAUGCGGUGUGCAACCAUUUCUGGAGAGCCGAAGGGAGAGAUUUGCAUGGUGUUGUAUAUGUUGCGGCAGCUUUUUUGCGAAACAUAGAAGAGGAAAUUGCUUAUAAGUGUACAUACCGCUUCUGUGCACGUACCACUGAUCACAUGAGGGAGGAUAACACUUGGCCACAAGUUUUCUUGAAAGUACUAUGUAACCCUCACUACGAAUUGAUGCUCAAAGUGUUCAGAAAAGUACUCACUUUUAAGCCACAUAUGUGGUCGUAUGGAUUGGACACAUUCAGAGGAAAGGACGAAACAGCACUGCUCGACUUUUAUAUGUCAACACGCCCUUCGUACAUCAUUUAUGUCACAGCUGCUGAAUUACUUUUAAACGCUGAAGCAUGCCUGGAAGCGCUGGAACCAUUCGAGGUCAUUAAAAACGCGCCGAAAAACGUUAGAUUGAUUCUAAACAAAGCUUAUGAACUCAGUGUGACAUCUCCAAAGGAAGUCAGGAGAUAUAUCGACUUCAUUUGA